AUGCGGUUCGUUCGCUCUCUGACGGCGGCUACGGCCCUUCUCGCUGGAUCUCAGAUAGUCCAAUGUAUACCCUUGGAUCUCGACUCAGAAGAUUCCAUAAAGCAGGCGGCCAGCACACUUGCGCACGAUAUGAUGCUUUACUAUACUGGCAACAACACUGGAGAUAUUCCUGGAAAUCUUCCCGCCCCAUACUACUGGUGGGAAGCCGGCGCAAUGUUUGGGGCUAUGAUUGAUUAUUGGUACUACACUGGCGAUCCUACGUAUAACGACGUCACGACCCAGGCUUUGUUAUUCCAGGUAGGACCUGAUGAAGACUAUAUGACACCAAACCAAACGAAAACGACGGGAAAUGACGAUCAAGCAUUCUGGGGCCUCGCAGCGAUGACUGCAGCGGAAGUCAACUUUCCCAACCCACCGAAGGGUCAACCUCAAUGGCUAGCGCUCGCUCAGGCUGUUUUUAAUACACAAGCUGCCCGCUGGGAUACGCAGACCUGUGGAGGAGGGUUGAAAUGGCAGGUCUUCCCUUUCAACAACGGAUAUAAUUAUAAAAAUUCGAUUUCAAAUGGGUGCUUUUUCAAUCUAGCGUCCCGACUUGCAAAAUAUACUGGAAAUAAUACCUACGCAGAAUGGGCAGAGAGAAGUUGGGAUUGGAUGCGGUCUAUCAAUCUCGUUGACGAGAACUACUUUGUGUACGAUGGGUCAGACGACACGAUCAACUGCACAAGGUUGAAUCGAAUUCAAUGGAGUUAUAAUGCUGGAGCAAUGCUUCUCGGAGCUGCUACGAUGUACAACCAUACCAACGGCUCAGCUGUGUGGGAGGAAAGGACAUCAGCUCUCAUGAAUCACACAGACGUUUUCUACCAAGACGGCGUUAUGUUCGAAGUCGCCUGCGAAAACGUGAAUAGGUGUAAUGUUGAUCAACAAUCCUUCAAAGCAUACUUGUCACGUUGGAUGGCGGCAUCGACAAAGGUGGCACCCUUCCUCUACGAUUCAGUUAUGGCUCGGUUACGACCAAGUGCCCGAGGCGCUGCUGCACAGUGUUCAGGGGGAGAUAACGGGAGGACUUGUGGAAUGAAAUGGACACAAAAUGUUACUUGGGAUGGGACUUAUGGUGUAGGUCAACAAAUGGCGGCUCUGGAGGUUGUUCAGAGCAACUUGAUCGCUUCGGCUAGAGGACCAGUCACGAAUUCCAGCGGCGGUACCAGUGUCGGAAACCCUGCUGCUGGAGGAAGCAGGACUGUAGGUGCUGCAUUUGACACGCACGGAGCGACGCAAGCAGAUCGAAUCGGGGCUGGAUUCCUCACAGCAUUCGUGCUGUGCUUGUUCAUGUCCAUGGUUUGGUACAUGAAUUCCUGA